CUCCCCCCGCCGGGGGUGUCGCGCGCCGCUGGUGGCACCAUGUCCUAUGUCCCCUUCCGAGAUGUGCGAGGAGCCCCCCCCUGGGCCGCGGGCCCUACGCCCCCCUCCCCGUACGAGCGGCCCCCCUGGAACCCCCGGUUCUGCAUCAUCUCCGGCAACCAGCUGCUGAUGCUCGAUGAGGAGGAGAUCCACCCGCUGCUGAUCCGGGAGCGGCGGGGGGAGCCGUGCCGGAGCAAGCUGCUGCGCAGGACCGUCAGCGUGCCCGUGGAGGGCCGCCCGCACCCCGAGCACGAUUACCACGGCGGCCGCUCCCGCAGGAAGAGCGUUCCCGGGGGGAAGCAGUUCAGCAUCAACAUGGACGCGCCGCCCGCGCCGCCCUUCCGGCCCUCGCAAGGCUUCCUGAGCCGGCGCCUCAAGAGCUCCAUCAAGCGCACCAAGAGCCAGCCCAAGCUGGACCGGACCAGCAGCUUCCGGCAGAUCCUGCCCCGCUUCCGCAGCGCCGACCACGACAGGGCGCGGCUGAUGCAGAGCUUUAAGGAGUCGCACUCGCACGAGUCGCUGCUGAGCCCCUCGAGCGCGGCCGAGGCGCUGGAGCUGAACCUGGACGAGGAUUCCAUCAUCAAGGCCGUGCACAGCAGCAUCCUGGGCCAGGAGUUCUGCUUCGAGGUGACGACGGCGUCGGGCACCAAAUGUUUCGCCUGCCGGUCGGCGGCCGAGAGGGACAAAUGGAUCGAGAACCUGCAGCGCGCCGUGAAGCCCAACAAGGACAACAGCCGCCGCGUGGACAACGUGCUGAAGCUGUGGGUGAUCGAGGCGCGUGACCUGCCGCCCAAGAAGCGCUACUACUGCGAGCUGUGCCUGGACGACAUGCUGUACGCGCGCACCACCAGCAAGGCCCGCACCGACAACGUCUUCUGGGGCGAGCACUUCGAGUUCAACAACCUGCCCGCCGUGCGCACCAUCCGCCUGCACCUCUACAAGGACACCGACAAGAAGAGGAAGAAGGACAAGAGCAACUACGUGGGCAUGGUGAGCAUCCCCAUCGCCAGCGUCACCGGGCGGCACUUCGCCGAGCAGUGGUACCCGCUGAGCCAGCCCAGCGGCAGCAAGAGCAAGGCCGGGUGCCCCGCGCUGCGCGUCAAGAGCCGCUUCCAGACCAUGAGCAUCCUGCCCAUGGAGCUCUACAAGGAGUUCGCCGAGUACGUCACCAACAACUACCGCAUGCUGUGCGCCGUGCUGGAGCCCGUGCUCAGCGUCAAGAGCAAGGAGGAGGUGGCCUGCGCGCUGGUGCACAUCCUGCAGAGCACCGGCAAGGCCAAGGACUUCCUGUCGGACAUGGCCAUGACGGAGGUGGAUCGUUUCAUGGACCGGGAGCACCUGAUCUUCCGGGAGAACACCUUGGCCACCAAAGCCAUCGAGGAGUACCUGAAGCUCAUUGGCCAGAAAUACCUCAAGGACGCCAUUGGCGAGUUCAUCCGCGCGCUCUACGAGUCGGAAGAGAACUGCGAGGUGGACCCCAUGAAGUGCUCGGCCUCCACGCUGGCCGACCACCAGGCCAACCUGCGCAUGUGCUGCGAGCUGGCACUCUGCAAGGUGGUCAACUCCCACUGCGUGUUCCCGCGGGAGCUGAAGGAGGUGUUCGCCUCGUGGCGGCUGCGCUGCGCCGAGCGCGGGCGCGAGGACAUCGCCGACCGCCUGAUCAGCGCCUCGCUCUUCCUGCGCUUCCUGUGCCCCGCCGUCAUGUCGCCCAGCCUCUUCGGCCUCAUGCAGGAGUACCCCGACGAGCAGACGGCGCGGACGCUGACCCUCAUCGCCAAGGUCAUCCAGAACUUGGCCAACUUCACCAAGUUCGGGAGCAAGGAGGAGUACAUGGCGUUCAUGAACGAGUUCCUGGAGCUGGAGUGGGCCAGCAUGCAGCAGUUCCUGUACGAGAUCUCCAACCUGGACACGCUCACCAACAGCACCAGCUUCGAGGGCUACAUCGACCUGGGCCGCGAGCUGUCCACGCUGCACGCGCUGCUCUGGGAGGUCAUGAGCCAGCUCAGCAAGGAGGCGCUGCUGAAGCUGGGCCCGCUGCCCCGCCUGCUGACGGACAUCAGCGUGGCGCUGCGGAACCCUCACCUGCAGCGCCAGCCCAGCCAGGGCGAGCGGCUGCCGCCCAAGGGGCUGGUGCUGCGCGGGCCCUCGGCCGACCUGCAGCCCUACCUGGUGCGCGACCUCAACAGCUCCGUGGAUCUCCAGUCCUACAUGGUCCGGGGGCUCAACAGCUCCAUGGACGUGCCGCGCCUGCCGUCGCCGCCGCAGGAGAAGGGUCCGCCGGAGGUGCUGGUGCUGAGCCGCCCGCCGCUCGCCCGCUCCUCGCCCGCCUACUGCACCAGCAGCUCGGACCUCACCGAGCCCGAGGGCGGCCGCGGCGGCGCGCUGGGCGUGGGCAAGAGCGUCUCCAUGCUGGACCUGCAGGACGGACGCGUGGACAGCAUCCCCAGCCUGCCGGCCGAGCUGCUGGCCGGGGGCGCGGCGCCGGGGGGCGCGGGCCAGGGGGGGCUGCGGCCCGGGCGGCUCUCGCAGGGCAGCGCCUCCAGCCUGGCCCCGCCGCGCCUGGGCGUGCCCGAGCCCGGCGGGCCGCAGCUGCGGGUGCCGCUCUCCUUCCAGAACCCGCUCUUCCACCUGGCCGCCGACGGGCCCCUGCGCGGCCCCGACGGGCCCGGAGGAGGCGGCGGCGGCGGCGGCGGGAGGGGCGAGGGGGGCGGCCCGCCGGACGGGGGACACUACGUGGGGGGAGUGGCCCCGCCGCCGCUGCACGGCUACAGCAAGAGCGAGGAGCUGGCGACCCCUCCCCAAAAACACAUCACGCACAGCCACAGCUACAGCGACGAGUUCGGGCGGCCCGGGGGCGACUUCGGGCGCAGGCAGCUGUCGCUCCAGGACACGCUGGCGCCGCCCCAGAUCACCAUCGGCGCGCCCCCGCCGCCCACCCCGCGGGGGUCGCGGGCGGGCAAGGGGGGCGGGGGGCCCCAGGCGCUGGGGGUGCCCCAGAAGCCGCGCCCGGCCAGCGGGAACCUGCUGGCAUCGCCCGAGCCCGCCUACGGCCCGGCCCGCUCCCGCCAGCCCUCGCUGGCCAAGGAGGCCUCGGUGGCCGGCAUGAAACCGCCCGUCACCAAACAGGCGUCGCAGACGCCGUCGACGCUGAACCCGGUGCUGCCGGCGUCGGAGCGCACGGUGGCCUGGGUGUCCAACAUGCCGCACCUGUCGGCCGACAUCGAGAGCGCGCACAUCGAGCGCGAGGAGUACAAGCUCAAGGAGUACUCCAAGUCCAUGGACGAGAGCCGGCUGGACCGGGUGAAGGAGUACGAGGAGGAGAUCCAGGUGUGUCAGGUGUGCCCAGGUGUCACCUCUGGCAGGUGAAGGAGUGCGAGGAGGAGAUCCACUCACUGAAGGAGCGGCUGCACAGGCACAGGGGGUGUGACAGGUGUGCCCAUAGCUGUGCC